CGGCACCUUUAGUACCACAACCACUGCCCUCUGAACGACUUCAACACGCCAAACUCCGCCACAAGUCGACAGCAUGAUCUGCAGAAGUUGUUUACAAAGGGCAACGGCCCUCGGCCAACGCUCUUUAAUACAGAGAGCGCCAGUCCGGAGGACAUUUAGCGCGAUACCCUCAAGGCAAUCCGCCGCCGCCUCAGCAGCUGCUGCUCCUGUGCCUGCGGAAGAUGGCGCAACCGCAACCCCGGACGAGGCCUCGUCGCGGUCAUCAUGCCCUCCUGGCACGGUCCUCAACGGCCUGAACUACUUCAAGGGGAAGACGGAUCCCGUGGCGCGGCCGGACAACGAGUACCCGGAGUGGCUGUGGUCGUGUCUGGAUGUGACGAAGGGUUCAGCAGCGGAGGAGGAUGCGGACGCCGGUGAUGAAUUCUCGAAAUCCAAGAAGCAGCGCCGGAUAGCAGCCAAGAGGCAGCGCGAGCUGGAGGCCAAGAUACUGGCGACCGGAAACCUCGAGGCAUUGGCGCCCAAGAUACCCCUACAGCAACAGUCCAUCAACCUACCUGGCAAGCCGGAUGGCGACAUCAAGGAUGCGAUCGAGGCCGUGGAGAAGCGGGAGGAGCUGAGGAGGGCGAUGAGGAAGGAGAGGAAGGCCAAGAUCAAGGAGAGCAAUUACCUCAAGUCUAUGUAAGCAUUGGUUUUGGAGGAGACUAUACCAUUUAUGCGCGGUGGUUGGGUCGCAAAAAGCUGUGCCUUGUUGAUGUGUGGCAUUAUGUCUAUAUGUACAUUAUUGGGGGGUCUGGCUGGGGAAUGCGGACUUCCGAGGCAUUCUUGCCACAUGGGACUGUGUUCAUUGCACACAAACCACGGAGAAACAUGUUUGAGCCACCUUUGGUCGCUCCAAACUCAUUAUGGAUUCUGCUCAUGCAUGCUCUUCCCCACGACGCUCCGAGUGCCAUCUUUGGUUUUCGGCACUGGUAAUUCAGACAGGCAAAAGUGCUUGGCACCUUA